AUGAAGACGCUGCAUCCUUUUGUAUCCAAAUUCUCGACGGCCAAACGCCAUUUUAUUGACAAACCCAAAAACCGCCGUCUAUUGCUAUUUCUUACUCUUCUCCUCCCAAUCCUCAUCCUCCUCAUCCUCACCACCGCUCCUAAGCAUUACCAAUCCUACCGCCGGCUACAGCAGCGGGGGAACCACCUAUCUCAACAGCACUGCAAGUACGGCACUGUCUAUGUCUACGAUGUCCCUUCGAUUUUCAACAAGAAGAUUGUUGAGAGUUGCCAAGAGUUAGAUCCGUGGAAUUCCCGGUGCAAUGCUUUUAUCAACGAUGGGUUUGGCCCACAAGCCACCGGCCUAGAUGGGAUUGUUCCGCCGGAGCUUACUACGGCCUGGUAUUGGACUGACAUUUUUGCCGGAGAAGUUAUGUACCACUCUAGAAUCCUAAGGUACAAGUGCAGGACUAAAGACCCUAAAUCGGCCACCGCUUUUUACAUUCCGUUUUAUGCCGGAUUAGCAAUUGCCAAGUAUUUGUACGGUAACCACACUGCAGUGGAACGAGAUUCUCAGUGCCAGAGUUUGCUCAGAUGGGUUAUGAAGCAACCCACUUGGAGAAGAUCCAACGGCGCAGAUCAUUUUAUCAUGCUGGGGAGAACGUCUUGGGAUUUCCGGCGGGAAGCCGGCGAAAAUUGGGGUUCUAGCUUCCUUCUCAUGCCCCAGAUGAGGCGGGUUUCGCGGCUCGCGAUUGAAGGGAAUCUCUGGGACCGGAUGGAUUUCGGCGUGCCUUACCCCACGGGAUUUCAUCCAAAAAGCCAGACGGAAGUCGAGAAAUGGCUCAAGUUUGUGCGGACUCGAAACCGGUCAAAUCUUUUCACGUUUGUGGGUGGAAAGCGGGAACUGAUCAAGAAUGAUUUCCGGGCUCUGUUACUUGAUUACUGCCAGAGGGAAUCCGAUUCUUGCAAGCUCGUUGACUGUACCAAUUCCAAGACGCCGUGUAAUGAAGGUACCCCUGCAAUUCUUGAAGCGUUCUUGGACUCCAACUUUUGUUUGCAGCCCAGAGGGGAUUCUUAUACCAGGAAAUCCACGUUUGAUUGCAUGUUAGCUGGAUCAAUACCGGUGUUUUUCUGGAAGAAAAGUAUAUACGGACAUUACGAUUGGUUCUUUAAGGAUGAUCCGGAGCGUUUCUCGGUGUUUAUAGAUGAGAAAGCUGUUAGGAAUGGUACUUCUAUCAGGAAGAUCUUGGAAGGCUAUGGGGUUGAAGAAAUUCAGAUGAUGAGAGAAAGGGUGACUAACUUAAUACCUCGGCUGCUCUAUACUUUGCCUGUGGACGGUGAGGAAAAUAUCAGAGAUGCAUUUGAUAUAGCUGUUGAAGGGGUGAUGCUAAGAAUCAGGGAUCGAAGUAUUAACCAAGAAUGA